AUGGCCCUGAAAGCUGUCAAAAACAUUCGCCAGCCACUCUGGAUGGGUGCAAAUGAGUGGGGAUCAGGAGGAUGCAAGGAUGGAGAUUUAAAGUACAGCAACUACAACAACGCUCCUGCCGCCAAAAAUGGCAAGAAGCCCGCUCCAGAGGAUCUGGAGGACGAUGCCGACCCGGUCAAAAGCGACGCCGAGCCGGAAGCUGAGGUAGAAUACGAGGUGGAGGCCAUCUUGGGCCAAAAGACGGUGAAGGGCGCUACCUACUUUCAGGUUCGCUGGAAGGGCAACACCAAGGCCGAGGACACAUGGUACCGCAUCAGAUGGAAGGGCUUCGGUGCCAAGGACGACACCUGGGAGCCGGAGUCGAACCUCUCCUGCGAGGGCUUGAUCGAGAAGUUCAAGCGCGACCUGGUCACGCAGAAGAACGUGGAAUCCCCCAAGAAAACCGGACGCAACAUGGUGAAGCCGGGCAAGAAGAAGGUGGUCGAGGAGCUGAGCCGCAAGAAGCUCGAGUCGCGCAAAAACGGUACCGCCCCGGAAAGCGACAACGAGGAGAAGGACAUCGCCGGCUCCAAUGGGGACACCGGCUCCUCGGUCUCACACUCCACAGCUGCCUCAACCUCGAGGAAGCCGCCAAACAAACGCAAGGCCCGCCCGUCGACCACUGUGUGCAAUCUGGGCAAGCCCAAGGCCAACCCCGCUCCUGCCGCCAAAAAUGGAAAUCCCGAGCACUUUUGA